UGAUUGUCCAGCACGGGGCUUGGCACGCUUCAGCAGAAUCAAGGUGGUUCUUACUCUCGACAGAUGUGACGCAGACCCCUCAGCCUUAGCCAACUACGUUGUGGCGUUAGUCAAGAAAGACAAACCAGAGAAAGAGCUGAAAGCUUUCUGUGCUGAUCAGCUGGAUGUCUUUCUGCAGAAAGAAACUUCGGGUUUUGUAGAUAAACUUUUUGAAAGUUUGUACACAAAGAGUUACCUUCCUUCUCUUGAACCCACGAAGGUCGAAGCGAAGCCUGCAGGUCAGGAAAAAGAAGUCGUCAAGGAAGAGAAUUUUCAAGAGUCAGUUGAAGAAGAGCGGGAUAGCAGGAAGAAGAAGUAUUCCAGCCCACAGAAAAGCCGUGGAGAUUCCAGUGAACAGAGAACCAGAGAGAAAAAGAGAGAUGACGGGAAGUGGAGGGACUAUGACCGGUACUACGACAGGAGCGACUUGUACAGGGAGAAGUCCAGCUGGAGACACGGCAGGAGUAAAAGUCGGAGCAAAAGCAGAGGGUUAAGUCGAAGCCGCAGCCGGAGCCGGGGCAGAAGCAAAGACCGCAAUGCAGGCCGGAAGUUCGAGCACCGAGAGAGAUCAAAAUUCAAGAGUGAAAGAAAUGAUGCCGAAGGCUCGUAUAAUCCAGUUGUUGUGUCUCCCAGUAAAUCUACUGAACAGUAUUCCUCUGCACAGUCUGUUCCCAGUGCGGUUACUGUAAUCGCACCUGCGCACCACCUUGAAAACACAACGGAGAGCUGGUCGAAUUACUACAACAAUAACAGCAAUCCCAGUUCAUUUGGCAGAAACCCUCCUCCUAAACGAAGGUGUCGGGAUUAUGAUGAGCGAGGAUUUUGUGUACUUGGGGAUCUUUGCCAGUUUGAUCAUGGAAAUGAUCCUUUAGUAGUAGAUGAAGUUUCCUUGCCAAGUAUCAUUCCUUUUCCUCCACCACCUCCGGGAAUUCCUCCUCCUCCUGGAAUGCUACUGCCCCCUUUGCCAGGUCCAGCUCGUACUAUGAGGUUGCCUGUUCCACAGGCUCAUCCACAGGCACCACCUCCUGUGGUGCUUCCUGUUCCAAGACCACCUUUAACACAGUCAAGUCUGAUAAAUAAUCGUGACCAGCCUGGGACAAGUGCAGUGCCCAGUCUUGCACCCGUAGGAGCAAGACUACCUCCUCCUUUACCCCAGAACCUCCUGUACACAGUAUCGGAACAUACAUAUGAGCCAGAUGGCUAUAACCCCGAAGCUCCUAGUAUUACCAGUGCUGGUAGAUCUCAGUAUCGACAGUUCUUUACAAGAGCACAAACGCAGCGUCCAAAUCUAAUUGGCCUAACAUCUGGGGAGAUGGAUACAAAUCCAAGAGCUGCCAAUAUUAUCAUCCAGACUGAACCUCCCAUGCCCGUUACAAACAAUAGCAGCAACAUAACUAGAGUUGUCCUUGAACCAGACAGCAGGAAGAGAUCUCCAAGUGGUAUGGAAUGUCCGCCGCCGAAGAAACCGUGGCUGGGAAAGCAAGCAAAUAACAACCAGAGUAAACCAGGAUUUUUGAAAAAGAAUCAGUACACUAAUACAAAAUUAGAAGUUCGGAAAAUCCCGCCAGAACUGAACAAUAUUACGCAGCUCAACGAGCAUUUCAGCAAGUUUGGAACCAUUGUCAACAUUCAGGUUGCUUUCCAAAACGAUCCUGAAGCUGCUCUGAUUCAGUACUUAACUAACGACGAGGCUAGGAAGGCGAUUUCCAGCACCGAGGCCGUUCUGAACAAUCGGUUCAUAAGGGUACUGUGGCACAGAGACGGUGAACAGCAGCCCCCGCUGCUGCAGCAGCCGCAGCAGCAGUCACCUGCGCAGUCUCUUCACCACCAGCUUCACCUUCAGCAGCAAGGCCUGAGCGCGACCCCGGCUGUAACGCCGCACAGCGGGCUGUCAAAGGUGAUGAACAAACCGUUGGCGUCUGGUGCCUACGUCCUGAAUAAAGUCCCGGUGAAACGGCGCCUUGGAGCCACAGGUGGAAGCCAGCCUGACUUAAGCCAGCCUGGGGCUGGGGGGGAGGAUUCGCAG